UGAUUCCAAGAAGAAGGAGCGUCAUAUUGUUACUUGGACUCCUGAGGAAGAUGAUAUACUAAGGAAGCAUAUCAGUGUACAUGGAACUGAAAAUUGGGCGAUCAUUGCAUCCAAGUUUAAUGAUAAGAGCACAAGGCAGUGUAGAAGAAGAUGGUAUACAUACUUAAACUCUGAUUUCAAGAGAGGAGGUUGGUCCCCUGAAGAAGAUACACUUUUGUGUGAGGCACAGAGAUUGUUUGGGAAUAGGUGGACUGAGAUAGCGAAAGUGGUCUCAGGCAGAACGGAUAAUGCUGUGAAGAACAGGUUUACAACACUGUGCAAGAAGAGAGCUAAGUAUGAAGCCAUGGCUAAAGAGAACAAGAUCGCUUGUUGUGUGAACUCAAACAACAAGAGACUGUUGUUCCCAGAUGGUAUUAGUACACCGAGAAAAGUCGAAAGUGAAUCUCCUCUUACUAAGUCUUGAUGAGGACUUGAGGAUUAGUAAUGAAGAUAGUCAAACAUCUUGGAGGCAACCUGAUCUCCAUGAUUCACCAGCAAGCUCUGAAUAUAGCUCAGGAUCAACCGUAAUGCCUCCUCAUCCUUCUGGUGAUAAAACUCAGCAACUCAUGUCUGAUACUCAGACAACAACAUCGCAGAAACAAAAUGAUGGGGAGUUACCACAAGCUAAAGUGAUUGUGCCUGAUGUAAUAACUGUGGAACAUGUGGAUUUACUCACAACAUGUCAGGAUGUCCUAAAGAACCCUAAUGAGAUUGUUGUGCCUAUGUCGGGUGACGAAGAGUUCCACUCCCCUGUUCAAGUCACUCCAUUUUUCAGAACUCUAGCAGCAGGCAUUCCAAGCCCACAGUUCUCUGAAAGUGAGAGGAACUUUCUGCUAAAAACACUUGGUGUCGAGUCCCCAUGUCCAUGUCCAAGUGCUAAUCCUUCACAACCACCUCCUUGCAAAAGAGUUCUUCUCGAUAGCUUGUGAACCAGACCAAACACCAAACCAAACCUUCUAAACCAGAAAAAAAACCCCGCAGUUAUGUCCUCAUGGAGGUCGACAUAACUUGCAUUUUCAUCCCUCUUUUUUGCUUAGAUUUUCUUCUUCUUCAUAGAUUUGCAGCCAUAUCGGCCUGAAAAGUUUUAGUGAAGCGGGCGUGCCAUGAUCUGCAUUUUUUUUUACAUUCCUCUCAGUGUUCAUAAUCUAGAAUCCUAGAAUGUUAAAGGUAACAUUUCUAAGUCUAGACCCCCAAUCUCAGAAACUGAGUUUCUCUCUCAGAUACUCAGGAUUCCCAAUUUUCUUUUCAUCAUCAUACCUCAAAGCCAUUUCAUAAAAAAAUGGCUUUAAAAGUAUGAGUUUUUCUUUUCCAUUCAUGAUUUGUGUGUCUAAGAAGAAAAUUCUUUCGUUUGUCCCCCCCUUCUUCAAGGGUCAAACCCAGGAUACAUAAUCCGGGUUUGUCUUCCCCCCAUGAAUUCUUGAUUUGUUGUUUUCUUGAUUUCUCUGUACAGAACCUAUAUUGUUUACAUAAAAAAAAAAUAGAGUUUUUAUUUCAGAGUGUAAACUAAAAGGAAACAAAGAAGAAGAAAAAAACGACUUCAGAGAGAGGCAUGUCGCCUUUCUAUAUACACAGAGUAAUGAAAAUACACAGAAGAAAAAAAGAAAGAACAAAGAUUUUCAAAUUUGGUUUUGGAGCUAAACAGAGAAGCAAAACAGGGAAGAAAUUUUCCUUCUGAGCUUCUUUUUGUAAUGCAACUUCUCAUAGGUGUGAGAAGAUGAAGAAGAUUUUUUAAAAAAGUUUGUUUGUCAUAAAAUCCUUUCCCAUAUUGUCCCCUUCUCAGAAGAAUCAUGUGAUUUUUGUAAAGAGAUUAUAAUAUGAGUGGAAAUGAAUUGAUUUUGGUGUGAA